GAACAUCCUCAAAGUUUCAACUGCAACCACGAUCAGACCUCGAUUCCUACUUGGGUGUAAUUGUACCCUGGCAUCUACUUUCCAGCUGACUGCUUGAAUAUGGAGAAGAUUAAAGAGAUAAUUCAGACCUCUUAUCACCGCUCUUCUCUAUUUCUACUUUCAGAGAAGUCUUCGCGGUGCCUUUUCAUAUGGGCGUAAUAUUAGGAAUAUCAGGAAUUGACAAACGUUUUUGUGGAGACGAAAGAGUACAUGCACAAUGGCCAUUCAUGUGCUGAUGGUCGCGAUUUAUUCUCUAUACAUAUCCUCGCGUUGCAGUUUUCCUCCUGACCAUGAAGCCAAUACAUCAACGCCCCACAUUCCUGCUCCUUCUCCUGACGUUCUCGAAUGCAUCGAAAGCCACCAACCUCACUUCCCUCGUGAAUCUUUUCAUCGGUACAGCUUCCGGUGCCAAUGGCGGCAGCGGAGGUAACGCAUUUCCUGGAGCUGCCGUCCCUCAUGCUAUGGCCAAAGUUGGGAUUGAUGUUAGCACUGCUCCGCGCCAAGCAGGCUAUAUCCACGACAACUCCAGCAUCACUGGAAUCUCUCUUCUUCAUGACGAAGGCACAGGCGGGAACACUGAUGGUGGAUACGGAAACUUUCCACUGUUUCCUUUCAUAGGCAGUUGCACCAACUCCUCUGGUGUGAACAACCCUGAAUGUGAACCAGGCAUAGCAGCGCGCGCGGCCUUGCGUGCAGCAGGUACUGAUAUAGCAUCCCCGGGAUAUUUCUCGACCACGUUCGUCAGUGGUAUUCAAAUUGAAACUACAUCAACCCGCCGUGCCGGCCUCAUUCGUUUCACUUUCCCUGUCUCCAAUGCGACCAACUAUCUCGUCGUGGAUUUGACCAACGACUUAGGACGAUCCUUCUCCGGUGGUACUAUAUCUAUAUCUCCCUUAGGCCAUGUCGAGUUGGGUGGAACAUUUUUGCAGAGCUAUGGUCCCAGCAAUUAUACUGCCUACGCUUGUUAUGAUUUCGAUUCACCCGUCUUGCAGGCUGGAACGUAUCAAUCCGUGAACACCUCGAGUCCCACUGUGUUUGACAUCAGCCUUUCCAGCACCAGCAACAUGUCUUUGGAAUUUCCGUUUACUAGUAGCGUAUCACCUAUCCAAGCCGGCGGGCUAAUUGCUUUCAACUCGUCGCAAGUGGUUGCUCGAUUUGGCGUGUCGAUGAUCAGUUCCGCGCAAGCCUGUUCGAAUGCAGAAGACGAGAUUCCUACCACCUCCGAUGGAGCUUGGGAUUGGGAUGCUAUUAUGGCUAAUUCGAAUAACGAAUGGGAAGGUGUGCUGAGCCGAGUCUUGAUAGAUAUGGAAAAGGAAAAUUCAACCGUUGUGGAAUUACUUUAUUCUUCCCUUUAUCGUGCCUCUCUCAUACCAGCGAAUUUUACCGGCGAAAAUCCAUAUUGGGACUCUCCUUUUCCGUUCUUCGACGCUAUGUUCUGCUCCUGGGACGUGUUCCGAACUGUACAUCCUCUAUUGUCCCUCACGUCGCCUCAAGAAUGGUCUCAGAUCGUUAACGCCUAUGUGGAUGGCUGGAGGAAUACUGGGUACAUCCCCGAGUGUCGCGCUAAUACCAAACCUGGUUACGUCCAGGGUGGAAGCGAUGGAAUGCCCAUUCUUGGAGAGUUCGCUGUCAAAUAUGCUGCCAACGCGGAGGAGUUGGGCGUACCCAUGGAUGAUUUGUAUCAAGCCCUGGUGGAUACUGCUGAGAAUACACCCCCUAACUGGCUGACAGUCGGACGCCAAAACACCGCAUGGAAAACUUUCGACUACAUCCCUACCGACUGGGUGGAUCCUUCCGGAAGCGUAGGUUUACCCACUCGAGAGGCUUCUAGAGCCUAUGAGUAUUCUUUAGGGGAUUUUGCCGUCCGCCAGGCAGGGAUUGCUCUUAACAAGUCACAGGCGGAUAUUGAGAAAUACGCCAACAGAAGUAUGAAUUUCGUCAACAUGUGGGAUCCUAAUGUGACGAGUGAUGGAUUCAGUGGAUUUGCGCAACGGCGGUAUCAGAACGGUACAUUUGCAUUCACAGAUCCCAUCACUUGCUCCCCCGUGGACCCGAUUGCACAUUCUUGUGCUAGAGGGGACGAUAAUGAUUCAGGUUUCUACGAAUCCUCAUCAUGGGAAAUGAGUUUCUUUGCGCCGCAUUCAGUAGCCACACUCGUUCAACUGAUGGGCGGGAACACCACGUUCGUAGACAGGGUUAACAACUACUUCUCGAAAGGAUACUUCACGGCUGGCAAUGAGCCAUCCUUCAAUGUACCCUCAAUCUACCAUUAUGCAGGCCGACCCGAUCUCUCUGCCCUUCGUAUUCGGAACGUCGUGUUCACGGACUUCAGCACCCAGAUAGGCGGCAUCCCGGGGAAUGACGAUAGCGCCGCCAUGGCUGCGCUCCUCACCUUUCACCUUCUUGGGUUAUACCCCGUCCAAGCUUCUACGCAGCUUCUCAUCGGCUCACCCUUUGUUUCCUCAUAUACUCUUAUGAACCCGCUGUUCAACACCUCAACUACCUUUACCGUAUCCGGGUUUGACAAUACCACCCUAGUUGCGUCCCCACCGAGUGGGGGCAGGGUUUUCGUGAAGAGUGUGACGGUGAAUGGGGUGGAUACCGGGAGUGUAUGUGUGAUUGACUUUGCAGAUGUCGUUGGCGGUGGAGAGGUCGUGAUUGAGGUGGACGGAGAUGCAGAUGCUGCAGCGUUAAGAGGGUGUGGGCCUGCCGGACUCCCAGACUCCUUAGAGACUGGAGGAUUCCCGAUGUGAAACCACACUUCAAGCUGUCAUCAAUUAUAUCUGUGCCACCUGUACUUAUACAAAUAUUAAACAAGGUACAUAAGCAAGGGUGACAAUUGGAAGAAAAUGAAGUGAUUGAAGAUGAUUA